AUGUCCGCUCUCAGUUUCUCCUUCUCGCCAGAAGCUACUGCCAAAGUACACGAUGCUUUGAUCUGUUUGGCCAAGUUCGGCGAGACAGUGUGUAUGGAAGCCCGUGGCGACAUCCUCACUUUGACGACAUUGAAUUCCUCGAAGACCUCGUAUGCUUCUUUCGCUCUGGACGCAAAAACCUUCUUCCUCUCAUACAACUUUGGCUUGGGGGAAGGCGCCAGGUUCACAUGUCAAUUAUACAACAAGGCUCUACUUGCUGUAUUCAAAAGCCGCGUAACAGAUCCUCGUGGCGGUGACACGUCAAUCGAGAGAUGUGAAGUCAGCGUAGAGGAUAAGCCCGACAAAGUGCAAUGUCGCCUCGUUGUCAGGAUGGUAUGCAAACAUGGUGUUACCAAAACCUAUCGUCUGACCUACGAGUCGGUGGAAGUAUCACAUGCACUCUUCGACCGAUACAACGCUCCGAACGGAUGGAGAAUAUCCUCACGCAUAUUGAGGGAGUACAUUGAAUACUUCGGGGUCAAGACAGAACAACUGGAUUUGCUUGUUAAAGACGAGAAAGCUAUUUUUACCAGCUUCACCGAGAAAAUCAUGGAUGGCAAAGAGAUCCUCAAACAACCACUCGAGACAGCCAUCUCCCUAAGCAUCAUGGAUUUUGAUGAUCUUCAUGCUGAGGAAGAUGUUCAUAUUGUCAUCAACGUUAAGGAUUUCAAGGCUAUCGUCACACAUGCUGAGACUUUGAAGGCACCGAUUUCUGCACAAUUUUCGCGUCCCGGGCGACCGCUAUUGUUCAGAUAUACAGACAAAGGACUGACUUGUGAGUUCAUACUCAUGACAACUGGCAUCUCCCAAGCCAUACCCCCUGCAACCGCACCAAAAGUCGCAUCGACCCGUCCUGGAGGUCGAUUCUCCAGGCAGCCUUCGACAGUACCGCUUCGACCAUCAAGGCAAUCCACAGUAGACGCGGACCCCUCUACAAGAGAGCCGUCUAUGGCACCGGUCGUGCCCUCAAGGCAGUCUUCUCAUGUGCCGGCACAGAGCGUAGAAGGUAUAAAUGCCGAUAUGGCACCUCCACCUAAGCCUGCUUCUGUCACUGGUGUGCGUGAGCGUAGGAUCCUGGGCGGCACUCUUGGACGUCAGAUAUCCCAAGCCACUACCACUUCAAAUCCAGAUCGCACCAGUCUUUUUGUGGCACAAGAUGAGGAUGACGAGCUGAGAUGGGAGCCAGCGAACCAUGAAGAAGAACCGGAGCAGGAUGAGAUGUUGGCGUGGGAUGCCAAUGCAGAUGUUGUGAGUGAGGGCCAGCAAUUUUCUUUGAGCAUGCUGACUUUUCUUCUAGGGAGCCUUCCAUCCUACAGUCCGCGAUGCUUUUACCCACGAGCCGCCGCCGCUGAGCCAAAGUCUCAACAGAGAGACGCAGGGAAUGCCGCCGACCCAGAGACUUUCUCAGGUAAGCACCUUCUUGAGGUAUCUGUUUACGUGGCUAACACUUAUCGCAGAUGA